AAGUCGCUUUUUCUUCAACCUUACUUCUUGGUUAUUGAAUCAUCAUCACAACACAAGUCCAAUAUUCUAAUAUCACAGACUCCGUGCACUCAACUCUCUUCUUUCUUCCCAAAUCAUCCAUCCAUGGCGUCACCAACAGCAUCUCUUUACCAAAUCCAAUCCAUUUUCCAUUAUAAAAACAACAACAAACCUUUAUUCUCAUUAUCAUCACCAACACAUCAAUUUCCUUCCAAUUCCAAUUUCUUCUUACAAAGGAAGUUAUCAUUGACGAUGCCCAGGAAAGAAUCUGUUAUUGUUGUGUCGGCGACGACGGCGGAGAAGAAACGGCAUCCGGGUGAGAAAAAAGGGUUUGUUGAAGAGAUGAGGUUUGUGGCUAUGAGGUUACAUACAAAGGACCAGGCUAAGGAAGGUGAGAAAGAAGUUAAAGAACCUGAAGAGAAAGCUGUUACUAAGUGGGAACCUACUGUUGAUGGUUAUUUGAGGUUUCUUGUUGAUAGUAAGAUUGUUUAUGAUACUCUUGAGAAAAUUGUUCAAGAUGCUGCUUAUCCUUAUUAUGCUGAAUUCAAAAAUACUGGAUUAGAAAGGUCUGCAAGUUUGGACAAAGAUUUGGCAUGGUUCAAGGAGCAAGGUUAUACCAUUCCCGAACCUUCAACUCCUGGUCUUACUUAUGCAGACUAUCUUAAAGAUUUAUCUCAAAAUGACCCCCAAGCCUUCAUUUGCCACUUUUACAACAUCUACUUUGCACAUUCAGCUGGGGGUCGAAUGAUUGGGAAGAAGAUUGCUGGGCAGUUACUUAACAACCAGGCUUUGGAGUUCUAUAAAUGGGAUGGUGACCUUUCCCAGUUGUUGCAGAAUGUUCGAGACAAACUGAAUAAAGUUGCUGAAGAAUGGACUCGAGAAGAGAAGGAUCAUUGUCUGGAAGAAACAGAAAAGUCAUUCAAGCUCUCGGGAGAGAUUCUGCGUUUAAUUCUAUCAUGAUGAUAGUAAGAACCCAACUAUGUGUAAUUACUUGUGUUGAAGUGCAUGGCCGAAGCCAAUGCCAAUAACAUUUUAUUUCAUCAUAUGUAUAUAUAAAAAAAUGUAGAUGCACAUUUAAUUUUCAAUUCACUAAGGAAUAAUAGUACUUAUGUUGUUGAAA